CAGAUGUCUAUUUCAAGUUGGCAAAUAGCACGAAUGUUGUUGAGUCGAAAGUUGUGAGAGUAGCCGUGGAUGGGAGUUCACCAGAAGUUAUCACUGAUAUUCAAUACCAGUUGCCUCCUUCAUCAAUCUACAGAACAAUGGUCCAAGAUCAUGGAUUCAAUCUGAGAAUAGGUUCAAAGACUGAAGGAGUUAUGAGAGCAGAUUAUGUGGUUUGUGAAAAAGAUAAAGAUGGAAGUGGUAAUUAUUUGAAGCCUAUUUGGCCAGUCAUUGAGGUGGGGAUUAACGAAAUGAAUGGGGUGCAGCAUGCUCUCGUUAGCGAUGAUGAACUGAUCAACCUAUUUACCAGGCGUCAUAAAUCCUGGUCAUGUCAAUCACCAAGCAAUCAGAAUGUGAGCUUUACAAGAGCAGAGAGUUUCCUAACAUUUACUGUGCCAGUUCACUAUGUUGAGUAUUAUGAUGGAGUCGACAUAUUAUGGCCGAAGAGAAGGGAAGAUGGAUUAGUAAGAGUUGUGGAGGUGAAAUUUAUUUCAGGCGGAAAAGUCAUUCGUUUUG